AUGGGUGACGACAGCGUUUCGACACCGGCUUUCAUUCAAGACCGCUUCUUGAGACCCGACGACGGAAAACUUGUUCCCUUGUUUGUGCAAAACUUCGACGAGGACCAUCUGCCGCGUUCCCAGAGAGCAUGGACGCGCAUUGGCAAGCCCCAACCCCAGCUCCCCUUGUUCGUGAAACUGGCCAAUUGGAUAUGGUCUCCGGCUUUGCAAACGGGCAGUCAAGGCCGCGGACAUGAUGCCUAUGCCAUCUUCCUGGUUGUCGCACGAUGGUUGAUAUCUCUGCCGCUGCUGUUGCUUUUGCUGGCUAUCUUUCAAGUCCCUGUGCGCACGUUGAAAGCUCAUAGAUUCAACGCCAGCUAUGAUCCUGUUUUCAUCAAGCCUGAGGAUGAAUCGGCCAGCCCCAGCAGCACCGAAGGAGACGGCCAAAUUGCGGAAGACACUGAUCUUUUGCACGCUCUACAACACCCCAAAAGUUCCGACGACCGCAUUCUGCGCCUCUCUGGAAUACCCGCUGCCACUAUUGACUGGGCUUCUCUUGAUCCGGUUUUGACUUGGACGUUGACCGGGCGGAGGGCUCUAUGGCUGGCCGUCUUGCUGACCGUCACCCCGGUACUCAUCCUUGGCGCUCUGUACAUGCUGUUCCUUGCCAGAUUUCUACGGACGGAGCACUCGCCAAGGCCCUUCUGUAUCCUUUUUUGUGCUGGAGCCGUCAUGCUGUGCCUCUCAGCACUUGUUAGCCUCGGUGCCACUUGGUUAACACACAUCCCCCGAGGCGGACGCAUUCACGACCUGCAUCCACGACUUCUUGGAUUUGAAGGCGAGGUAGACACCAGGACUAUCAAGCGUCACCUCUUCGGCUCCAGCCGUGGACGCUUGGUUGAGGCGCAUGCUUCCUCCAGGGAACCCUACCGCGACGACCCUGCACAGUCAUCGUCAAGCUCGACCCCUACUCAAGAAAGGCUUUCUGGGCAGACAGAUGGGGACCUGCAGUUCACGCUGAUUGAUACCUACACCAUGACAGUCUACCGCAUCGCCGCCGAGAGGCCGCCUGUCGCAGCAUUCAUGUGCGGGACUGAUCAUGAUGGAGCGAAGAUGGCGGUGCUGUGCUCUUACGAUCGGCAUACCAACACCUUCUUCCGUGAAGCGACAAUCUACGCUAAAGGCAUGGCAUUUGAAAGGAUGAAGCAUGCCGAGGGGUUUCGUUUAUCGCUCCAGAGGCUUUCGCGUGGACAGACCCACAGCCGAGGACAAGAACAACCAGGGACGGAGCAGGACUCCUCCGAAGUCUGGAGCUUCAUGAGUCGUGUCAAGAAAGUUGAUUUGAUUCUGCUGCCCCUGAUGUGGUUCAUCUACGGUUUGCAACCACUCCAUUUCGCGGAAAGCCGGCGCUAUACGACGCUCUCCUACUACACAGCCUUUCUUUUGGUGCAGGUUCCCGCGUGCUUUCUUUUGCGUCGUACCAACAUGGGUCAAGCCCUUUUCAUCCCCAUCUGGUUGAAAGGCGCAAUGAGUUUGUUCACCAUCACCUCUUCAGGCCAUUCGAGCUCCACCGGUAUUUUGAUUGCUUCCCAAGGCGUCGUCGACGGUAUCAUCUUCCCAGCCUUCGUCAUCCUCACGUGCUCAUGGUACACGCCGCGUGAGCUACCUAUCCGGAUGCUCAUCUGGACAUCAAGCCGGCAGGUAUUAUGCCUGAUCCCUUCGUGGUUUUGGGAGUACCGUCCAAUCCAUCUCGUAUACACCCUUAUCUGGAGCCUCCUUUCAAUGGGCUGUGUUCUAGCCGCCACAUACGCCUUCCAUCACCUUGGAACCCCACUGCACGUUCGUUGGCUGCCUACGCAUGAGAGGAUGGAGCUUGCUGCAUCCUCAACUGCGAAGAUGGACUCUCCGCUCGGAGCGCCGGCCGUGAGAUGGAGAGCCCAGGAGGCCGCCACCAUCCUGAAAGACCCCCAGAUAUGGCUCAUAUUCUUUCUGUCAAUGCUGGAUCCCGCGCUCAACCUCAUUGGACCCCUUCCGAGGCCACUGCCUGCCUUGAUCGGCAUAUGUGUUGUUGUCUUCGCAUGCGUCGUCAUUUCCAAGCUGCGCGUUCCACUCAUCGCCAUCGCAACUCCCUCGGUGAUCCUCCUCGCCGCCGGCACCCUCGUCAUGCUCAACUACCACGCACCCAGCCUGUUCGUCCGCCUCCUCUUCUCCGACAAAACCUCGCCGCUGGCACUUUCCAUCUACGCACUCACGUGUUUCGGAUUCCUCGUUCAACCGCUCAUCUGGUCCAUCAUCCCCACCGCUCUCAUCAACAAUCCAUCGAAACCCGACCGCCUCUCCCUCUCCCUCCCCCUCCUCACCCAGUCAGUGUCCGUCUCCUUCGCCGGGUGGGCCCUGAGCAGGAUCGUCGUCGUGGGCGGUUUUUCCGGCCAGCCCUGGACGGUGCGGCGGGCGUGGGCGUACCUGGCGGCGGCGGUGGCGGCGGUGGCGUUGUGGGUGGCGCUGGGUGUGGUGGUGUGCGUGAGGAGGAGGGCUCGGAGGGAUGGGAAAGUGGAGGGGGAGGAAGAAGAAGAGGAGGAGAGGAGGGGUGGUGGUGGGGGAGAGAGUGAGUGA